GCGACGGGGCGAAAGGGAGGAGGGUGGGGGGCGGUGUGUUCCUUCCUUGGGUGCUGCCUUAGCAGGCAAUGCAUGGCAAGAGCGCGGCGGGGAAUGAGCGCCCCGUGAAGACGGCCGUCCCUCGCCCGCCCGGGGAGGCAGCGCGGGAGGAGCACCCUCAGCCACCGCAGCCCGCUUCGAGGAUGCCGGACGAAGCCACGGAGAGCGCCCGCGUCUCCUCCUUCUUCAUCGCCAACCUGCUGGGCGCCAAAGAAGACCCCAAGGCUUUGGAGGAGGAAGAGGAGGAGGACGAGCCCCGAGGAGGGGGCCUGGCGGGGGGGAGCGGGCAUUGCGCCCUCGCCUGCUGCCAGUGCCAGGCCUCCCGCCUCGGGAUCGGGCUCCACCCCGCCUUCCCCAUCCCCGCCGCCGCCGAUUGGUACCGGAGGGCCCAAGCCGCCUUCCUCGGAUGCGCCAGCCCCGACACCAGCGACCGAGAUUCUCCGGAGGUUUCCGACGAGACGAUUCCGGAGGAGAAGAGGAAGCGGCGGCGGAGGAAGGCGGCGGAGGCCGGACCCGGCGGAGCGGGGAAAGGGGCGCCCGAGGAGGCGCCGGGCGUGGGGAGCAGCGUGGACGAGGAGCCCCCGACGGAGGAGCCGGACUUGAGCGAGGCGCGGGCCUCGUCUUCCUCUUCCUCCUCUUCCUCUUCCUCGUCUUCCUCCUCCGCCUUGGCCUCCUCGGGGCGGAAGAAGAAGACGCGCACGGUCUUCUCGCGCAGCCAGGUCUUCCAGCUGGAGUCCACCUUCGACGUGAAGCGCUACCUGAGCAGCUCGGAGCGGGCCGGCUUGGCCGCCUCGCUCCACCUCACCGAGACCCAGGUCAAGAUCUGGUUCCAGAACCGGCGCAACAAAUGGAAGCGGCAACUGGCCGCGGACCUGGAGGCCGCCACCCUCCCGCACGCGCCGGCCUCGUCCUCCUCCUCGGCCCAAAGGAUAGUCCGCGUGCCCAUCCUCUACCACGAGGGAGCCUUGGGCUGCUUCCCUUUGGCGCCGCCGCAUCCGGGAACCGGCGGAGCGGGAGCAGGGCCUCCGUAUCCGCUGGCCGCCGCCUUCUCGCCCUUCCUGAGGCCGCCCGUCACGGGCCUGGUCUGAUCCACGCUCUUGCUUCCACGGAUCGGAGGACUGAACCAAUGUUUACCGCCUCUCCGACCAAACUUGGGUCUCUAG